UUGUAAAGAAUAUACCACAACACCUGUUGAUGGAACCACAUCGUGCUGCGUACGCCGCGGUAUUGCAUGUACGUAUGAACACAUCCUGCACAGCUGUUUGUUUAUAUUUCUCCAAUCUGUCACCGACUGAUAAAUCUAAACAUGAUGUACAUGUAGAUGAUAUUCAUUAGGAGGACCAGAUGAUGGCAAUUUUACGGAGAGUACGGGGGCUUUUCUGGAUUGUUUUGGUGAUUUAUAUUCCCGCGGUUGUCCAGUCACAGAACUCGUCUACGACAUUCACAACUUCCACUUCCAAUGAAACAACGACAGUGCCUCUUCCAAAUACAUCUCAAUAUUCAACGGUCGUUACUGAGUUAAUGACGGAAUUUUUUACGGUCUAUGAUGACAUAAACGCAACAACUCUAGAAACAUCCACGGAGCUUGAAAGAUCAACACGCACAGCUAGAGAUACCGAUGAAAGAGCCUGUCGCUAUGAACCAUGUCUAGGGAAUGGGGAUUGUAUGUUAGCUGAUACUGCUAGAGGUUAUGUGUGUGAUUGCAGACCGGGUUACUCAGGGAGAAGAUGUGAGGUGUACACAGAUCCAUGCUCAUUGAAUCCAUGUUAUGAGAAUGAAAUAUGUGAGACUAUUAUUGACGCAGACUACACAUGCACUCCCUACAACAUGACUACGCCAGCACCUCCACCACCACCAAAACCACUAUCACUUGGUACAAUAAUCGCAUUCAUGUUACUGAGCGUGCUUCCAAUUCUCUUUCUGCUCUUCACCUUAUGGUUAUUAUGGUUGACAACAUGGCGUCACAUUCACGACGAGCCGUUAUGUUCAUCAGGAACGCAUCGCUCCAAUGGAAAAUAUAGACAAGAUAACGGGGAUGUCUACUAUGAUGUAUACAAUAAAAGGGCAUCAAAGAUCUACUUAAUCUCCAACGGUAACGCUACGCAUCGAACACAACACCUUGAAGAUAAAUGGAUCAUUCCAGAGAGCGAGGUGGAGAUGGGAAAGCUUCUCUACAGUGGAGAAUUCUCAUACGUAUGCGAGGGAGAGCUCAAGCAAGGCAAUGAUGACCCAAUCAAAGUGGCUCUUAAACUAUUAAGGGAUGAGAAUGAUCAAGAGUCCAUAACUGAAAUGAGGAAUGAAUUCCAAGUUCUAGCAAACCUUGGCAAACAUCCAAACAUUCUCAUGCUACUGGGACAGUGCAACAGAGUCCUUGAACAAUCAGUUCAAACCUGUCUGGUUAUGGAGUAUGUUGCUCGUGGUGAUAUGCUUCGAAUCCUUCGUCGAUGUCGAAGUCGAAAGCGAGAUCAACCUCCUCUGGAUCCGUUGCCGCAGGAUGAAUUACUUAACUUUGCCUGUGAUAUUGCGCAAGGAAUGCGACAUGUUGCUGCUUUGAGAUAUGUGUACAUGAACCUGUGUGCCAAGAACGUCCUUAUUACCUUCCACAACAAAGCUAAAUUGUGUGAUUUCAGCAUGGCUACCGAGGUUCAGAAGCCGUUGAUACCAAUACCAUUUUUGGAGCCAAGAAAUCGUGGAAUGAAGCGAUGGAUGGCAUACGAGGCUCUAUUGGAAGGCCAAUACACAAUGAAGAGUGACGUCUGGUCAUUUGGCAUUGUACUCUGGGAGAUAGUAACUUUAGGUGGGGUACCCUAUGCUAACAAGCGUGAAUCAGAUGUCAUUAAUGAGCUUCGUGAUCAUAAUCGUUUAGAAUGGCCUAAGCAUUGCUCACCAGAGCUGUAUGAUAUCAUGUUAAGAUGCUGGCACAGAAGACCUGAGAGCCGACCGACCUUUGAUCGGAUCCUCAAGGAUAUUAAAGCACUCAAGAAAAGUGGAACGCCCCAGAUAAAUCUGAAGGACUACACAUAUCAGAUGUAUGCACCGAUCAGACUAGACUUAGAGACAAGCAACGGACUGACAGACUCAUUUGUCUAACCAACUCAUCAUCAUCAUUUAAGGUCUGAGCUCAUGUUUUCAAGCUUGUAAGUCAAGAAUUUAGGGGAAAUAUAACAGUAAGGGAAAUGUAUAUUGUCUUUCAUACUUAAUCUUAAUACAUGGUAUCUUGAAAAUAACAGGAAAUUUAUGAGAGUUCUUUAAAACAUAUUUUCUUGUUGAUGUUGUAAUACAUUAUUUUGUGUAUUGACAAUUAUAUAUUCUUAAGAACAUUUUGGUAGAUCCAGAAGAAUUUUGAAAUUUGAGAGUAUUUAUUGGAGAUAAAAGUGCCUGAUUUUAUUGUUUACAUUCCACAUUGUUUUAUGGAUGAUAUGAAUGGAUGUAUGACUGAUGUCACAGUGAUUAAUGGAUGGGAUGUCUUAAUUGGUGAUAUAUGUAGAUCUUGAAGAAAUUAUGUAGAAGUAAUGUACUUUAGCUGAUCAAUAGAAACAAUUAUAGUAUUUUGUUACAACUCAAUAUUACGUAUUUCCAUAUUUACUGCAAUAUGGUGAUAAGUCCUGUGCAUGUGCAUUGAGUAUUUGUUCGACUGUGUCGUCCUGGUGAUUAGACCAAUUGAUUUGCAAUGACCGCUUGUUUACUUGGCCACUAUUAUCAUGGUCAUUAUCCGAAUAAUGCUUUGAGCAUUUAUUUAAUUGUGUUGUCAUGGUUUUGUGUACGAAACAUUCAACAGGAAAUCUAAUUUCCGGAACAAAUAGUAUAGAAAUCAGUUUGCCAAAUUCCAAAUUCAAAAUUGAAAAUAACGAGUAGUUAGCAAUGCUGUAAACUUUUUUUUAAUAUAAUGAAUGAAGAAUUAAUGGUAAUUACAUAUAUGAUGUUGAUUGAUGAGUUCAUUUAUUCUAGCCGCUAUUUUUUGUUCUAAUGUAAAACUGAGCUCCCAAUAUAAUUAAAUAUUUUUCACAUAUUCAUUAUUCAAACAUAAUGUAGAAUAUAUAAAUCAUUUAAAAAAAGUAAAAGAGCGAUUUUUCUUAUGUUGAGUAGCAACUACAGUUUAUUCCAAACUUUUGAAAGAAAUAGUGAAAAUGAAAUGGUAAUCUUCAUGAAUUGCUGUAAUUAGCAACUUUUAAUAUCAUAUGGCCAUGAAAAAUAUAUAGUAUUCAAUGAAAUGUGAAUUAAUUCAUUUUCUAUUAAUUCUUGAAAACACACAUGGCAUUGUUACAUUACACAAAUGAUAUUGUUCUAUAUAUAGUAUAGUAUUUCACAUACUAAAAUAUACAUCUUGAACAGAAAACCUAUUUGUUGAAACAGCUUACCAUACUAGUGCAUUGGCAUACAAUUUGUACGCUGGCUUAGAUGUGAUAGCCACUAUAGUUCCUGAAAAGUUCCUACUACCAUAUGAAUUUUGAUGUGAAUGUUGAAAUUACAUGGGUUACAGCGGUAUAGCACCAUUUUCAUGAACGUAAGUCUAGGGUUCAAUAAUUUGUUGUGAUAUUUGAAAGACUUACCGUAUACAUUGCACAUGGAUUACACCUUGUUCAUUUACUCAUUGCGAUACCUUGUUUUCCCUAUACUUUAAUCAGUCUUUUGGCCAGACGAUAUAUGCGUAGUAUGCAUAUAUAUUUGAAAUGCGGGUAAGGAACCUUGUCAAAAGUGAAAUCUGUGUCGUUCCCAAAGAAAUUCUUCAAGCAACCUUUUAUAACCAAUCCUAACCAUAGACAUAAUAGUGGGGCAUGUGUUUUGGAAAACUGAUAUGACAUUGCAUAGUCCCUGUAUAGCGAGAUUCCUGCUAAGUUUAUGGUUACAAGUUUGUUCAUGUCUUUUGGCUGGAAUCCUGCUUUAAGGAUGUUAUGCAUCUCUUCAUUGGGGCUUUUUUGCAGUCACCAUUGUUUCGUCUGUGGUAACUGUGAUUUGUAAUGAAAACCUGCUUGCAGCCGGAUUUCUGGGGAAAGAUGCAGCUCCGACAUAUAUGAAAAGGUGCCUUCAAGAAACAGUACAUACAAGCUGCCUUACAGUAGAUUUUUUUACAAAAAGACUAGGGCCCCAUUGCUUAUAAGUUACUAUUAUGGUAACUUUGCCAUCCAAUGAUAAUUACCAUGGUAACAAUGCUCAUCAACCAAUCAAAAUCAAGGAUUUCAUGGAAGUUACCAUUGGAUGGCAAAGUUACUGUGAUAGUAACUUUUAUGCAACGGGGCCUUGUUGAUAUUGCUGAAGUGGUAGCCCUGUGUAAAUAAGAGGUUUUACUUUCAUUGCUUUUAUAAUAUUUAUCAUAAUUAUAUUCUUGAAAAGAGGCUGAUACUCUUUUUGCAUUUACUGGUAAAUGUGCUUACUUCCAUUGUAUGUGCCUUGAAAAAAAUAUUCAAACCUAGUCUUUCAUUCACCUUCAAUUCAUGUCUGUCUUCCAAAUACCAUGCCACAUUAUAGAAAAUGAAAACUUCAUAUUUGUUGGAUGAUAACGUCAUGACAUUAAUCAGUAGAUAUAUCACAAUGGUCUUCCACACAAAUUGACUUCCAUUAUGUUAGAAUUUUCUUCCAAACUUUGUAUUCAAGCAAACUAUUAUAACUUCCAAAUUUGCUAUUAUUGGGAAAGACUGACAUAUAUUUUUGUAUGUAAAAUUUAAUUAUGUAUCAAUAUAUUCAAUCUCUAUUAUAUAUUCAGUUUUGAAUAAAUGUGGUAUGUGGCAGUACUAAUCAUUGACCAUGAUCAUUUUCACCAUUUAUUCUGACAGAAGAGUACCUGUAUCAAGGAAAAAACAAUUUUUUUAUGCAUGUUUCAGUACUUACCUUUUUAGUGUAGGGUGUAAAAAUAUGGCCUGUGCCAAAGAUGAAAGAAAUUGACACUUAAUCCAUUGUAAACUAAUGGGGUGUUGCAAGAAACUUGCGAUCAAUUGCAAGCCAAUUUUUGGUCCCCAACUCAAUCAUAUGUUUUGCAAUUAAUUGCAAAUUAGUGAUUGAUUGCUAAAUUGCUCCUUGAAACAAGAAGUUUAAUCUGAUUUGCUACAGCUAACGUUGGUCUAUCAGUUGUGAAUUUGCAACAGAAUAUUUGCAAUUGAUCGCAAAUAUUUUCUUGCAACACCCCCUAAGAGGAUAGGAGUGAAAAAAGUUCUGUACAUUAUCUUAUAAAACCCCCAAGCUGUUAUACCAUGAAAGCUGAUCUUCUAAGUUUGUCUACAAAAUAUGAUGUACAAUUCAUAAGAAAAAGGUUGCAAGAAGCAAUUAUAGUAACUAGUAUCAGUAACCAGUGCAACUGUAAUUAAAAGGUGAAGUAUUAAAACAGUUUGAUUUUAUAAUAUUCCUUUCAAUAAGUUUCUCUUUGUUCACCACGUAGCAUGAUAAUAUUGAAUUAUAUUAUUUCUACUUUAAUUGAAUUAAUGUUUAAAGGGAUGGUCCGGGCUAAAAAUAUUUAUAUCUUAAUGCAUAGAGUAGAAUUCACUGAGCAAAAUGCUGAAAAUUUCAUCAAAAUCGGAUAACAAAUAAUAAAUUAUUGAAGUUUAAAGUUGAGCAAUAUUUUGUAAAAACAGUCGUCAUGAAUAUUCAUUAGGUGGGCUGAUGGUGUCACAUCCCCACUUUCCGUUUUCUUAUGUUAUUACAUAAAAUCAUAUUUUUUUCAUUAUUUCAUACUUGUGUGAAUAAUAUGUCUCCCUUAUAAUGAAAUAAGUUGCAGCAAUAAAUAUCUAAUGCACGAAAUUAGUUGCCAAUCAAAUUUUUCUAGUUCUUGGAGGAAAAAUUUGAAUAAACCUAAUUUCAUAUAAUAAAAUACAAAAGAACAAGUGGAGAUGUGACAUCAUCAGCCCACCUAAUGAAUAUUCGUGACGACUGUUUUCACAAAAUAUUGCUAAACUUUAAAAUUCAAUAACUUUGUUAUUAACUUAUUUGUUAUCCGAUUUUGAUGAAAUUUUCGGCAUUUUGCUCAGUGAAUUCUACUCUAUUUAUUAAGCUAUAAAUACUUUCAGCCCGGACCAUCCGUUUAACAUAGAUUCUUGCUUGCUUAUUUGCAACAUUGGGGAAUAGAUAAUAUACUAUCUCAGAAAUGUUUUAACCAACAUAUUGAUGAACCAACCAAACCUUGUUUAAAAUAUCUCUAUUCGAUUUACAUUACACUUAACUUUCUAUUAAACAACAUGAUAGUUUGUUCUGGCCCAACUGAAUAAUGUUUUUUAGAUUAGAUUGACCUAUCAAUGUCAUUAAUAGUAUUAUGAUUAUUAAUACUGAAUGUAAUUAUUUUUCAAGCCUUGAAUGAAGCCUGUAUGUAGCUUAAGUGGUUGAAGCAAGUACUAUCUCACCUUAUACAAUGCUAUACUAAUUUAUCGGUCAAUAAAUAUAUUUUGGUGAUACUGGAA